AUGGAUACGAAAGAGUUCGAAUUUCGACCCACCAAAGAGGGUGCUAGGUCAAAAAGUCCUGGAGUGAUUGGGCGUUUGAGCAAUUUUGCGAGAAGUAAGACGCGUCAUUCGCUCAAUGAGAAAACGUCCAACUCGACUACAUUCAAUGAAAAGCCGAAAAAGGAUCUCCAUCGUGAAUUCCAAAGAUGUCGCGACAGUCACGAUCUUCGACUUGAUCUCAGCUCAAACGACAUAACAUCGAUACCUUCAUCUAUCAGGGAUCUGACGCAGCUAACCGAGUUGUUCUUAUACAAGAACAAGCUCACGCAAUUACCACAUGAACUAGGCAACUUGGUGUCACUACGAAAACUCGGACUGAGUGAAAACGCUCUAUGUUCCUUGCCUGACUCACUUGCCUCACUUACCCAGUUAGAAACGUUGGACCUUCGGCACAACAAGCUUACAGAGAUACCACCUGUAAUAUACCGCAUAACGUCACUAGAGACGCUAUGGUUACGAUACAACAGAAUUGUUUGCAUCGACGAAGAUAUAGGGAAUUUGUCAAAGCUCAAGAUGAUCGAUCUGCGCGAGAACAAGAUCCAUAGUCUCCCGGCUUCAAUUGGUAAAAUACACUCCUUGGUUGUGUGCUUGUUGAGCUACAACCACUUGUCGCAGGUGCCUGAUGAACUUGGAUUGUGCAUUAGCUUGACACAGCUCGAUCUUCAACAUAAUGACCUCACAGAAUUGCCAGAAACAAUGGGUAAACUGAAGAACCUCGUUCGACUGGGUAUCAGAUAUAACAAGUUACGAUCAUUACCUGCUUCUCUGGAAAACUGUACCCAGUUAGAAGAGUUCAUCGUAGAGGGGAACCAUCUGCAAACACUUCCGGACGCUAUGUUGACUUGUCUUCCUAAGCUGAGAACCAUUAAUUUAUCUCGGAACGAGCUCGCAGGCUUUCCACAAGGUGGCCCUCAACAAUUUGCUGCUGCUGUGACUAUUAAUAUGGAGCACAACCGGAUUAGUAAAAUUCCGAUCGGUAUCUUCUCACGAGCAAGCGGUCUCACAAAGUUGAAUCUGAAAGAGAACGAACUGCUCUCAUUGCCUUUAGAUAUGGGAAGCUGGACUUCUAUUACUGAGUUGAACCUUUCAACAAAUCAAUUGAAAGUUCUACCUGAGGACAUAGAGAAGCUUGUAAAUCUCGAGAUCCUGGUUUUGUCGAAUAACCAGCUUAAGAAAAUGCCAGCGCAAAUAGGAAAUCUAAAGAAGUUGCGAGAGCUUGAUCUGGAAGAGAACGAUCUCGAAACGAUCCCAAGUGAAAUAGGAUUUCUUCUACAACUGACAAAAUUGUGGGUGCAGUCCAAUAAACUUGUGAACCUACCCAGAACGAUAGGUAAUCUCGCUAGUCUUCAAGAUUUACGAGUUGGUGAAAAUUCGUUGUCGUCUAUACCCGAGGAAAUAGGUCACUUGGAUUGCUUGAAGUCAUUAUAUCUAAACGACAACCCCUCGUUGCACAAUCUUCCUUUUGAGCUGGCACUCUGUUCUUCGCUCGAAAUAAUGUCCAUUGAAAAUUGCCCUUUAAGUCAGAUUCCUCCAGAAAUCACUGCAGGAGGGCCUAGCCUUGUCAUACAGUAUCUGAAAAUGCAAGGUCCUUAUCGAGGUGUUGUACUAACGCAAUGA